CGAAGACAGCUUCUUUACCUCACUGCACGCUGCUUACUGUCCCGUCGGUCAUCUACUCUGCCCCGGGAGUGCGGUCAAAGAAAGCGGGAACGCGUAGGAGAGUGGGAGAGUGGCCGGACAUCGACGAUGCAGUAGAAAGAGAGCACAGUGCAGCAGUCAACCAGCAAGCGGCAGCGGCAACAACGACAACAACAGCAGCAAGAACACCACCCGCGAUGCCCCCUCCGCCGACCCCGCCCCCUCCGCCUCCACCGCUCGAAGCAGCGCCACCACGGCCUCUGACCCCGUUGUCCUACCUAUCCUCGCCUGUGCUCGACCUCGCCGCGACGCUGCAUACUUCGGCCGAUGCCGACCAGCACAACGCCGACUUUCUACGAGACUCGAUCGACUCGUCCACGUCCACCACCUCCUCCACGUCCACCUCCGCCAGUAGAUCGCGACCGCACUAUGACAUGAGCCGCGAUCCUCGAUUGGCAAACAACCGCCUGGGAACAGCUCGCCCCGCCGACAGCAACAGCAGCAGCAGCAGUCAGGACGAUCUAUCUCGGCGUCUACGGCUGCAACGAGUGCUGGCCCGUUUGAACCAGAUCCACGACCCGACCGCCACCACGACCUCCUCUGCUUCGGCCUACAACCGGACUCCGUCGCCGGGCAGGAAUAACCAGUACGACUGGGCGCCUUCUCAGGACCCCUCUGCCACUGCGGUGAACCAGGACGAGAACGAGCUGGACCAGAUCCUCGCUGAGUUACGGCAUCAGCAUCCAGACACCUCCUCUACUAUUCCCGCUCGUCUACCCAAUGUGAAUACAAAUCGCACACGAGAUCGAAAUCGUGACUUGCAUGCGCCACCGAGCACGGAUCUCGCCGAUGCUGCUGGAGUGGAAGAUCGUCAGCGGAGGAGUUUGAGAAGCAGAGCGGUCUUGCAGCGGGCGAGGCAAGAGAGCUCCCCGAGCGCGACUGAGAGGAUACUGCGAUAUGCAAUGCAACGAAGCGGUGCCGAGGUGAGCCAAGAGGAGGAGCGAGCGCGAGCGGCCGGCUGGUUCAACCCUGCUUCGAGCACUCGUACUUCUGGCGAUCAGUAUCGAAGUGGAAAUUCUGGCCGAGAUUCCUGGCCGCUACCGCCAUCAGCCAACGACGUACGGACCCGCACCAUGCAAGAGCGGGCGGAGGUCAUGCAGCGCCGAUAUGGAGGUGACAAUCCGCCUCCGAGGUUGCCCAGGAUAUCUACUCCCCCUGUGUCCUCGACGGCCACAUCAUCUGGAAGUCCGCAGUUCCUGGAAAAUGCGCUCCGCUACUUGAACCAGCUACGGUCAUGUUAUAGCUACGAGCAAGCUCUGUCGGCAGCGAUUGACCAUGGACUGGCCACCAAGGAAUUCUUCGCAGAUAAGCAUGACGACUUCGUUAUGGAUUUGGGAGAGAUUGAGCCUAUUUCUGGUUCGUCGUGGCUCCAGCCCGGUACCAUCUUCGAAGGGCAUCAGCACGCGACCAACGGCAAUGCUGGACUGUUAGCUACACGAGCAGGUGCUGCUUCUCGUUCAGUCGAACAGAUUAACCCCAACUUCCGUAGCCAAACAGCGGCCACUGCCACUGGUUUCGAUCAUCCGCCCGGCUCUACACGCUGGAUCGAACAACCUGUUUCAGCAUUUCAGAGUCUUGGUGGAAUCCCGGGACCUGUUCAACCAACAUCAGCCAGCAUGCUAUUGACAGCUAACAAGACUCUGGACCCGGCGCAUAAUCACUGGCCUGUCCGUGUCAUCAUACAUUCUAUAGACGCCGAGCGAAUGACGCUUCAAGGGACAAUGGAGGCUUAUGAUGUGCCGCAACACCCUCACAGCCUCAGUAUCGCAAACGCGGCGGAUCCCCCCAAAGCUGGCAAGAAGAAUGCGCCAAUCACGACAUAUCUCGAAGGGCAUAUCAUUGACCUUGAAACGCACAGCUUUCUUACACCAAGUCCGAAAGACCACUUCCUCCAGGGACCACAUCUGACUGAACCAAACAACUCAACACCAUAUACAAGCUUGUCCGAUGCUAUAGCAUUUCCAAGUGCGAAUGAGAAGACCGACGCGAGCAACUGGCGCAAGCUUGCCCCUUUCAACCAGCACAGUGGCGAUGAGGAGAUGGCCCGUGUUCUUCUGAGCAAAGAUCGCAUGUCCGACGUUGGUAAAGACUACAUUUUCAUGCGCUGGAAAGAACGUUGUUUUGUGCACGGCAAGAGCGACACCUGCUCGGAGUCUGAACGACGGGGAGAUCAAGACCGGGGACAUGGGCUGACAAUCAGUGGCUUCUAUUAUGUUAGCCUGAGAAGGAGUGACGGGGUCGUCGAAGGACUCUACUUUGAUCCAACUUCGACUCCCUCGACUCCCUAUCAAUGCUUGCGGCUGAAGGGCAGAAGUAGUGGAUGGGGCGUGGUAGACUUUCGGUGACGAGCCGGUAUGGCUCUGUGGAUUAGGCAUCCCAUUUACGGUAGCAUGUAUACAGCACGGGUUUUCGGAUCCCACGUCAUGGCAUUGGUAUAAGUAGCGAUCAUUGGAAUAUAACGACCGUGCAUGAAUUCAUG